AGAUCUAUAUGACUGCACUCCCUACGUCUAUGUGUACGCCCAUAACAUUUAAAAAUUAUUAAUUGAAGAAUAGUUACUAACAUUCAUUUUCUUUGCAUAUAAAAAAAAUCUAUAGCCUAUAGCCAAUUAACCAUGUAAACCUAUUUUUAAAAAGAAAAAAAAAAGAAAAUAUAAUGGAUCUCACAUUAAAAAAUAUUAAUCCACCCCCAUAAAAUUUCCUGGGUCCACCCUUGUGUCCCAUAAUGUUUUUCCUGGUUUCCCCCCCAAAAAAAAAAACAGCCUUCUUAGAAAAAAGUGCAAUUAUAACUCAAAUGUACACUUCACUUAUUUAUUUUAAAUCUUAAAAAGAAAAUAUAUUCUGUCAUUUGAAAACGCUUUUACACUGCCAAGCAAUCCCAAAGGCACUCCAACAACACCAGCGCAGGAGUAGAUUACCAGCUUCCCUUUGGUCACUUAUUAACCGACUUAUAAUUACCUGCAAUCCCUCAAAUAAUUAGCUAAAAACCACCAAAUAAUUAGCUAAAAUCACGCGAAUAAAUUUUUUUAAGAAGAAAGAAACCCAGACCCACUUGAAUUCAAAAAGGCAAUCAAUUAUAGAAGCUGACACAAACCAGGGAGUUCUACAAACUAAAAUAAAUGUAAAAAAAAAAAAACAAAGCAAAACACUGGCAAGUUCACGUUCACAGAACCACAACCAUACCAUACUGACUGAGAGAGACAGACGUAUCUCUCUCUCUCUCCCCCUCUCUCCCCAUAUAUAUUGGUUGUGUAGACGAUAAACGUACAGCAAUAUCUUCUCUCGCUCUGUUUUCCUUUGCCUCUGUUUCUCGUUGUUUCUGGUGCUUUUCUGAAAAAGCCGGAGUCUUUUUCAAAUUUUCUGCCUACCAUAGUACCACUCUCGGGUUUCAACAGAUUCUUGAAUCCCAGAAAAAAUCAAAUCUCCUUUUCGAUUCGCGGGAAACAAAAGCAAGAAUCCAAAGAACAAAAAAGAAGGUAAUUGGCAGAGGAAGAUUUGAAGAAGAAGAUGAAUAACUCAGUCUCGGAUCGCAGUUUUUACAUUGAGAGUGAAGAUGAAGAAGAUGAGGAAAAGGAAUUCAACAAAAGCAUAGAAGAUGGAGGAAACGACUCUGAUUCUUCUGAAUCUUAUACUGAAAAUCAGCAGCAGAAUAUUCCCAGUUCUUACAACACCCAAUGGCCUCAAAGUUACAGGCAAUCCAUUGAUCUGUAUAGUAGUGUACCAUCCCCUAGUAUUGGGUUUCUGGGCACUCCUUCAUUGUCAAGAUUAGGAAGUUCAUUUCUUUCCUCAUCACUGACAAGAAGGCACACUCCCGAAACAUUACCUUUCUUGACGAAACCCUCGGUACCAAUAGUUGCGGAUGAGCAGCAACAACAGCAACAGAGACGUAGUUCUCAUUCUCUCCUUCCUCCUAUUCAUUCAAGGAGGUCUUCUAUUAGAAAAGAUGAUAAACCAUCCAGGGUUUCUCAUGAACAUCAUCCUAUUUCUCGCCACAGCUCAUUCACACAAGCUGUGAUUAAUGGAAUCAAUGUUCUUUGUGGGGUUGGAAUCCUUUCCACACCAUAUGCAAUCAAAGAAGGAGGAUGGCUUGGGCUCUCGAUUUUGCUUAUAUUUGCAGUGCUUUCCUUCUACACUGGUUUGCUCCUGCGUCGCUGCUUGGAUAGUCAGCCUGGCCUUGAAACUUACCCGGACAUUGGCCAAGCUGCAUUUGGUACGGGAGGACGAAUCGCCAUCUCGAUAAUACUGUACGUGGAAUUAUAUGCUUGCUGCAUAGAAUAUAUAAUUUUGGAGAGUGAUAACUUGUCUUCACUAUUUCCAAAUGCGCACCUAAGUUUGGGCGGAUACAUGCUAGAUUCUCGCAUUUUAUUUGCGAUUUUGACCACCCUUGCUGUUCUUCCUACUGUAUGGCUUCGAGACCUCAGUGUUCUUAGCUACAUCUCAGCUGGUGGAGUUAUUGCAUCGAUCGUGGUGGUCCUUUGCUUGUUUUGGGUUGGUCUAGUUGAUGGAGUUGGCUUUGAGAACAAAGGAACACCACUGAACCUUUCAACUCUCCCUGUUGCAAUGGGUCUCUAUGGCUACUGCUACUCAGGACAUGCUGUUUUCCCAAAUAUUUAUACUUCAUUGGCAAAACCAAACCAAUACCCUGCAAUCCUCUUAACAUGUUUUGUGAUUUGCACUAUUUUGUAUGGUGGAGUUGCUGUCAUGGGGUACACAAUGUUUGGGGAAUCAACAGCGUCACAGUUCACUCUCAACAUGCCUCACGAUUUGGUUGCCUCCAAGAUUGCUCUGUGGACGACGGUAGUCAACCCAUUUACCAAGUAUGCAUUAACUAUAUCUCCCGUCGCAAUGAGUCUGGAGGAGCUGGUUCCAUCAAACAAGUCCCAUAUAUACGCGAUCUUAAUUAGAACGGCACUGGUUGUCUCUACCCUGGUAGUUGGUCUCUGCAUCCCCUUCUUUGGUCUGGUGAUGUCGUUCAUCGGAUCUUUAUUCACAAUGCUUGUAACCUUGAUACUUCCUUGUGCUUGUUAUCUGAGUAUCCUGAGAGGGCGAGUAACUCGGCUUCAGGCAACACUUUGUAUUAUAAUCAUUAUAGUAGGUGUUGUAUCGUCUUCCUUUGGAACGUAUUCGGCGGUUUCGAAGAUUGUUCAGAGCUUGAUUCACUGAAGUUUUUGGGACAUUUUCUUGGAACAGUGAGAGAGAACAUGAUUAUUAAUGUAUUGUGGAUCCUUAGAGAGUAUAUAUACUCUCUUGGUGUUCAUUUCCAGUUUUGAGCCAUCUUUGAAUUUGUUGUAUCAUGCAAUAAAUCCUGUCUUGUUUCCAUUAUUAUUUGCAGUAAUAUUACAUUUUUUUUAUAAUAAAAAAUAUUACUAACUAGAUGCUUCCAUA